AUCUCUACCUCCCUCCUUCCGUUCCUGCCUCUCUCUCUCCCUCCGCAUUUCCUCUGCUUCAUCUCCUUCGCCUUCGGAUCGAAGUCGACGCGGCUUCGCCGAAGAGCGCUCCGCCGGGGAGCCGUCGCCGACGUCUCUCUCGCCCCUCCGUUCUUCCAGCUUUCUUUUCGUCGGAGACGGCUUCGUUCUCCCGCCGCUGUAAUCGUCACGCAUGAAUCGCCAGACGCGAUUACCGCUUCGGCUCCCGGUCGUGUUCUGAUCUCGCUUUCCACUGGAGAAGGAACGGGUCAAAAAAAGGUUCCUCUCCUUAAAAGCAAGCAAAUAACUGGCUUCGCUUUUCCUCCCCGGACUGCAUAAUUUCCGUUCUCCCGUCUGUUUCCUUUUCGAUAAUCGAGGCGCCAAUCUGCGUAUAGUCCAGAUAGAGAAAAAGGCGCCAAAACUGCGCCGAAGCAUUGAGUGAUAUUUGCCGCGUCCACGCCGUUUAGGAUAGGAUUCUCACAAUUGUCUUCCCUCCAACUCGCUUGCGCUCCCUCUCUGUUUCUUUCCUUGUCAUGGUCGUUCGGCUCCGAGUAGACGACAACGACGCAUUCAUUGCGAGUUCGCUGUAAACACAUCCCCUCUCUCUCUCCCGCAUCAGCGAGAGCAUUUUGAGAUGAGGACGAAGAUGGCGACAGCGAUGGCUCUCGUGGUGGUCCUCCUGGGCGUCGCGCCAUGGGGCGUUCGCUCCGCCUCGGAGGAUCGGCUUCUGGUGGGCAUGACUCUCGUCCCCCACGCCUCCGCCAUUGGAGCCCUUUGUUUGGACGGGAGCUUGCCCGCUUAUCAUCUCCACAGAGGAUUCGGCGCCGGAGCGAACAACUGGCUAUUACAGUUCGAGGGAGGUGGGUGGUGCAAUGAUAUUCCAUCGUGCUUGGAGAGAGCCAACACUCGCCGGGGAUCUACCCGUUACAUGACCAAAUUGGAAGUUUUUUCGGGAAUACUCAGUAACAAUGCCUCUCUUAAUCCUGAUUUUUACAAUUGGAACCGUGUGAAGCUCAGGUAUUGCGAUGGAGCUUCCUUUGCUGGUGAUGCAAAGUUUGACAAUGGGACUUCAUUGCUAUAUUUCAGAGGGCAAAAAAUUUGGCAAGCAAUCAUCCUUGAUCUUAUACCCAAAGGGUUGGGACGUGCACAGAAGGCUUUGCUCUCAGGUUGCUCUGCUGGUGGUUUAGCAUCCUUCUUGCACUGUGAUAAUUUUGCAGAGUACUUACCAAGGAAUGCUAGUGUGAAAUGCUUGAGUGAUGCAGGAUUCUUUCUUGAUGAAAGGGACAUAAGUUUGAACCACACUAUGAGGUCCUUUUACGAUGAUCUCAUUUCUCUACAGGGGGUCGAAAAGAAUCUCGAUAAGAGCUGCACUAGCUCUCUCGUUUACCCAACUCUGUGCUUCUUCCCACAAUAUACAUUGAAGUACAUCACCACUCCCUUUUUCAUCUUGAACUCGGCUUAUGAUGUCUACCAGUUCCAUCACAUAUUGGUCCCUCCCUCUGCUGAUGUGCAUGGUCAUUGGAAUCGCUGCAAACUUAAUCCAGCUGCUUGCUCUGACAGUCAGUUAGAGAUAUUGCAAGGUUUCAGGAACGACAUGCUUGCCGCUUUAAGAAUGUUCUAUCAAUACUCAGGGAGAGGAGGCCUAUUCAUUAAUUCUUGUUUUGCCCACUGCCAGAGUGAGUCACAAGAAACGUGGCUUGCUGUUGACUCCCCAAAAGUAAAUAACAAGACUAUAUCUGAAGCAGUCGGCGACUGGUACUACAGCAGGAGGGUAAGCAAGGAGAUCGAUUGUCCAUAUCCCUGCGACAAGACGUGCCAUAAUCUAAUCCCAGUCUCGGACACGCAGGACUCGAACAAGUUCAUGUCACAGAAGAGAUAUGACACUCUUUUCAUACAUUGAUUGUUCUCAGAAGGAGUAGGCAAUAAGGAGAUAUACAGGAACUAGGCGUUGCAUUCGUCACCCAAAAGGGUCAACAGCAUAGCAUAGGGAAAAAGAUGAGAUAUAUUUUGCAAUACUCUUGCAGCCAUUCAUCCGAUUUAUCAAUUCAUUCAAAUAAUGUAAGAACCUGUACAAUUUAGAGACGCUGGAGAAUACCUUCUGAGGUUUUUAAGCAAAAGGAGAAA